AUGCCAUCUCGUCCGAACUUUUCAGUGCCGCUCUCGAGAACGUCAUGCGUCAUCGGACCGCGAGUGAACAUGACGAAGACGAUGUUCAUGCGAAACGGAUUGCUACCUGAUGCUCCUUUCAUGCUGAACGAGAGGAAUAUCUCUGAAUGCUCCAGCCAUGUGUAUCUAGGUCGGGUAGUCAACAUGAUGAAUGGUCUAGCUGCAGAGAUGAGCGGACGUAGACGCGCGAUGUGGGGAGCAUUCAAGAACAUCGAGAGAGUAGUGAAGAAAACGAAGAAUAUCCGGUUCCAUGCUCACCUUUUCGAUACUGCGGCCCUUCCUGUUUUGACACUACGGAAGCAGAGUGAGCAUGCAGUUAGCGUUAUUCAACGCGCUGUGGAAAGGACGAUGAUCAGAAUGUCCCUAAACACGCUAGUGCAGAAGGGUUUACGAAGUUCCGAGCUCCGUCGACGAACGAAGAUCAGGAAUGCCGUUGUUUACGCCAAGAAAUCGAAGGUCAGGUGGGCCGGACACGUUAUGCGACAUAGUGGUGACCGUUGA